ACUUCAACGGUGCGCACGGCGUCUGGUCUGGUCAAUCGGUUCGUGUCAGUUCGUUUCGGAUUUUCCUGCCCACUCCGGUAUAAGUGUACAUUGGAUAGUAAAUCGGUAACUUCUGCGUGUUCGGUGUUGUGUAGUGUGGCAAAUCGCCGUGGUUGUUGUUCAUGUUGUUGUCGUUUUAGCGUAGCUCGCGCUGGUUCAUCCAUUAUCUGCAGCUUGAUUGUGGGAUAACCGCGCGCUGCGUUCCAAUUCAAUUGGAAUCCGACCUCUCGGGGUAAAUAGUGUGCGAGGUUUGACGCGCUCUAAAAAUAAAUUGAAAACCGCAACUGGCGAGCAGAAGAAAGCAAUUGAAACUCAAACGAACGGGACAGACGCGAAUCCGUGCAAGCCGGUUCAGCUGCGGUUCGACGAAUUUGUGUAUAGACGCUAUCAAGUCUGUGUAACGGCAUGUUAGUGAGUAUUUGGUGAAACGGUCCGUAUGUUUUGGUUCAGAGCAGCGGAAUAACAAUAACAGUUUUCCUUCUCGGUGGAUAAAGCACCAUCCGUGAAAGCGACAUAAUUGAAUGACGAAAAUUGGAUUACGCUACUGAUGGAGAAGGAUCAUCAAAUCGGUGGGAUCUAAAGUCUGCUUUCCGGGCGGCUUUUCGGCAUUUCUUGGUGAAGUCUGUUUACCCUGACUGUGAGCUUCUUAUCAAACAAAGCUAAAUCUCCAUUACGGUGUGAUUAUGUCCUCGCUCGGAUGCUUGGUGUUAAAUAUAAUUCUUAAGUGAAGUGAAGUGAAGUGAAAGGUGUGGAUAAAUGAAAUAGUAAAAAAAGCUUAUUUUAGUCAGCAGUCCAACAUUCGGGAUGUGUAAUUAGAGUGAAGCUCGGUGGCAUAUGUGCUAGGUAGCUUGGGAAACGCUGUCAACAGUUGGCGCUCACCAGUGGAAGUACGUAUCAAGUACAAAUUUAGGAGUUUAAUGAAAAAAGUAAAUCUCUUCUCAUAGGUGAGGGUGCUCUCUGGUGCUGAUGCUCUUCGUGUUUGAGUGAAAUGGUUUCCAAAUGUAAUUAAGGGAGCUUUUUGAAUUUGUUGCGAAGCACCGCCGUAAAACUAAUUUGUGUAUCUUUGCAUAGUGAAGAUAUUAAGGAUGGUGGCAAUGAUAAUGAUGCUGAUGUUGAUGAUGACGGAGAUGAGUGUUCUGAGAAGAAAGGAUUACGGUCAUAAAAAGCAUUGACUGUGUUGAUAGAUGAUGAUUUAAUACUCGUGCCAGCUGAUGUUCGAUAAGAACGAAAGUUUUGUCGUGUGGUGCAAGCGUGUGCGGUAUUUAAAAUAUGAUUAUGAAAUCUAGCAGAUUGAAUUACUCAUGCAUAAUACAUGCAGCUAUAGUACCUAUUUCUCGAAAUAUCGAGUCAACGAAUCCACCAGCAAACUUAACUUCUCGUAAUUUUCCCACAUCACCUCGACUGCUUUCAGUGGUUAGCUUACUUCGUUGUUUCGAAAUAACGUCGGCAACAGAACACCUCACAAAGUACGCCUCGUUCCCAUGCUGGGCACUCAGUUUCGGUGGUUGUCCAUUCGUGCAAAAAAAGAAUCCAGCAAAAAGCAAGAAGUAUAAAUAAUUUAUUCAAACGUAAUCUAAGUUACAUCAUGGUACUGUUGUUGUUUCGCUGUGGCUUCGAGAUUGUGACAGGUUCUCCUGAGAGCAUGAUAUGAUUAUACGUAUACCCUUUUACGUUCCUAGAGUCGACGAGACCAGAAAUUACACGAGCGCAAAAGUCCUACAGGAGACCUCAACCGUCGAUUUCUACCCGUACGCGUUUAUUCUAGCGGAAAUGUCGUUGGGAGAUGAUUUUCUGAAUUCAUUCCCAUAACGAGCGGCUUGCAAUAAUGAUAGAGCCAUAUUGUUUUUUACGACGCGCAACGGUCGGCAAAGUUGUGCGGCGAAAAUUCGGUCGUUGCAAACAAAAAAGAGAAUAACUUUAUUUUUCAUUUAAUAGUAAUAAAGUGAGCGGCACUGAGUUUUAAACGGGGCGUAAAAAAGUGAGAUAAUUAAUCAUUAUAAAAUUCAACCACAGUAAAGCGUGAAAGUCCCGGGCGAAUCUGAGAUAAUUUCACGUCCGUGCCAGGAUCAACAAUACUGACAAUGUGCCAUGGUAAUGCCGAAAUUUCCCACCGACACGUGAAAUUAAUUUGGUUGACAGCGCAUUUCCAUUCGCGCCUGGUGUAAUUGAAUGGUAGUAGUGAACAUGUAUGCAUCCGUACAAUACAAUAACAGUUGAAAAAAGUGUCAAAGUUGAAGGAGUUUAUCACGCAGGAGAGUAGAGAAGAGAGGUCAUUGUUGAUGUGCGGCAUCCGACGGAACGGUGCUGCGGAAUCCAAAAUCGCCGUAAUGGAAUUAAUACAAAUCAAAUUGAUUCAACAUCAUUUGUUUUAUUGGAUACUGAUAUUUCUGCUGCUAUCAUCAUCGCCACUGGUGCUACGAGCGGAUCCGGAAACGCCGAUUUUCAGGGUGGAUCCACUAGCACUGCUAUCGGGCACACUACGAACAUAUCAACGAGCCGGAUGUGACCGCGAGCUGGUCACAUUGAGUUGUCCCCGGGGCACUAGCAUAUCGAUUGAGGUAGCGCAGUAUGGACAAAGUGGAGAUGCAAAUGAGCAGAAUUUGUGCCCACCGAGUACGGAUGAUAGCGUCGAGAUCAGUCUGCCCGGGACGGAGAUCGAGAUAAAAGCUCCUGAAAGCUGUACCUGGCCGAACGCUUUACAGUAUUCUCUGCUACAAACGGUGGUGGAAGCUUGCCAAAAGAAGAGACACUGCAAAUUCCUAGCCUCGCCAAAAACUUUCGGUGGAGAUCCCUGUCCGGGUCACCGGAAGUUCGUGGAGGUAGCUUAUAAGUGUAGACCAUAUGAAUUCCGAAGCAAAAUAGCUUGUGAAAACGAUGUUAUACAAUUAAUUUGCAACCCUUAUUCGAGAAUAGCUAUCUAUAGUGCCAGUUAUGGACGGACAGAAUACGAAAGCUUGCAAUGUUCACAGCCACAGGGAGUGAAGGAAGAGACAUGUCUUGCAUCUUACGCCACCGAGACUGUUAUGCAAAAAUGCCACGGCAGGAGAAAAUGCACACUGUCAGCAGACAGCACAACUUUCGGCAAACCGUGUCGUCCUGACUCGAGGAUGUAUUUAAAAGUUGUUUACACAUGUGUUCCACGGAAGGUGCUAAAGGAUCGUUUUGAAGCUGCACCGGAACCAGAUGAACCGCUGCAAAGUGACUUAGAGCAAGAUCAUGACGACCUGUACGAUGAGGACCAAUUUUUCCGUGAAUCGGACGCCAUUCCACCCGGACCGGCACCGAAGCUGCAAGGUGGACCAUCCAAUAAUCGAGUGUUAGACAUUCCAGGCUAUGUGGCCACCAGCAGCACAGCACCAGUGCCGCCACGCUCGAUACAGGAUCUGGUGGAGGACGAGUUCUCUUUUGAGGAACACCAGGAAAAAUUUUACAUCUACCUUAUAGUAGCCGUGGCAGCCGCAAUCCUUCUCUGCCUGUCAAUAGUAAUCGGUCGUGUGGCGCUGCGGAAACGCAGAACAGUGAAGGAGAACGAUAAAUUCCAAACAUCAAAUACAGGUGAAACGACGCUCCCAAAUGGCUUUACUGACGAUAUAUCGGAAAUAGAUGCGGAUAUCGAUUUGCAAACUCCGCAGCCGGUACCGAGCGUUUCCCGGAGUGAUAGCUACGGGGCAUACACACCCUCGCCAGGACCGUACGGUAAUCUGGGACCAUCUAAUAUAUCACAUACCUCAACCACAAUGCUGGUGCCACCAUGUUCGAUGAGCACGAUGAUGAAUACGGCACCGCCAGCCAGCUACCUGAGUGGCCCAAUAAAUAUCAUUCCCUCCCAUCUUGGCCAAAGUAUAGGGGGGAUACGUACGCCAAUUGCUGCUAUGAGCACACUGCCUCGACAUCAUCAGCAGCCACCGCCGGUAUUCCUGGGAGGCGCCGGUUCGGUAAUAGGACACUCCCAGACCCUUAGGCGGCCGUCCAGUGAUCAAGAUGGAAACACACCGCGCAGCAUUAGCAGGGGUGCAGCAAACACCCAGUUUUACUACGGAUGACAUCCAGCUUCCGGCCAGCAGUCAGCCCAGUUCAAGCAAACGCACCCUGGCCCACCGCAGCCACAGUCCAUACUGAAGAACAAAGAACCGACCAUCAGUGAAGCCGAAGAUACCAUCGUGAUGUGUCCACCCAAUCGAACGUACUGUUUCUAGAAUUGCAACAUUAUCCUGCUGCGGAAGCAAACCGCACUGUUGAACUAUCAAAGUGAUAAAGAUAGAGAUCUAGUGUAUUUGUAGUUUAUUUUGACCGAGACACAAAAAAACGAUAGUGUGUCAUCGGGACAUCCGAGUGAAAAGUGAAAACGACAAAUAAAUCAAAAUGCACGUAAGCCAGCAGGACUCUGAAUUCGAAGCAAAACUAGGAAACAGCGUUUAAAGGAGCUUAAUUUCAGUGAGCGUUUAUUAAAUUGAUGUAAUCGAAACUUGUUUGAGCACGACAGAGUAAGAGAGCAGGACUAAUCCGGGCCUUAUGUUGGGCAAAUGUUGAUAGUGAAAUUAAACUUGUUGUGCGACCUCGGCAUUGCCGAAAAAGAAUAUGUCCGGUCCGAUAAAGAGGUGAUUCAAAAGAUAACAUUGAUUCUGCGGCCAGGUUAGCAGCAAAAGCUACGGUGAGUUAUUUUCUACAGACCCGAGCGAGUCGUAUUUACCCGUUAUGUACACACGCAUUGGAAGGGUGUUUUAUUGACGUUUUACUACUGUUAUAGUUUAAUAAUUGGUAAUCAGGGUACCACUUGACAGUCAUUGAUGAAACAGGAUCUCUACACAAACUCAUCGAUGUUUGGAAGACCAUCCUGAAGACAUGUGAGCAUUAUUUAUUACCCGCAAGCAAAUUGGCACUUAGUGAAUUCGUAUGGAUUUGAAUAUAUUAGACAUAAGAAUGAAGCAAUCUUUAGUGUACAGACCUAGGCAACCGAUUUUUUUUGUAAAAAGUCAAUCAAUCGAAAUCAUUAGAGAUAAAAUUCAAGUUAGGAAAACGGGCAAUGACGUUAUUGAACGGAUGUUUUAUGAGAGAACAUAGGUUAAUUGUACAUAUGAAGCAAUUUAUUUAUUUAUUUUCUGUUUUAGUGAUCAUACAGGUCGUUUAUAUUUAGCACGGUAUGAGUAACGUAUUUUAAUAAAAAUGGUUUAUUAGAA